AAAUCUGACGACAAUCUGAAAAAACAAAUUUUUCCACCGCGAAUUUCGAAUUAGAAACCGAUUUUCCUCGAUUUUUCUCAUUUUUUUCCCGAAAAAUGUCGAUUGCGUAUGGUUUCGACCCGAAUAUUUCGCCAAUUUAUGAUGAUGACGAUGACGAGCACCGCCAUUCCACCCAUUUCAGCUCGGCGGACACUCCGAAAAAGACCGGACGCCCGAGUAAUCGAACAAUGGGCACUUCAAUUCAAAUCAGUGGGGAUUUCAGUGAUCUCAGCAGUUUUCGCCCGGAAAACUCGGUGAUCUCUGAAAUUGUUCUGGAUUCCGGCGAUGAAGAGGAGGUUCCAGAUUCUCGAGAAGAUGUUUUAGCAUGUGAUGAUGAUGAAGAAGUACCUGAAUCUGUUGGAUAUCUGGCUGGAACUGUCAUUGUGCUCUCCGCCGGGUGCUGCCUGCCUAUUCGACAUCAUUUGUCGAAAAAAUUAAUUGAAAUGGGUGCAGAAAUUCAAAAAACAAUCGAUAACCGGACCACCCAUAUUGUCGUAGACCGUUAUGCCGACGAAAAGCUUGUCGGAGAGGCAAUGUCCAGAAAACCGGAGCCUCCGAUGAUGGUAGACGUGAAAUGGAUUCAGGAAUGUCUGGAUAAUCGACAAAAAUGCAAAGAAAACGAUUUUUCCAUGAUUGGGCUGAGAUAUUUAAAACAAUCGUGCCGCCGGCUCUCAAGCUUCCGGGAACCUACUCCAUUAGGCGAUGAGGAGGAAACUUUUUGGGAGGAUAUGGAAAAUGAUGCUCCAACUGACCCUGCAAAGCUUUUGGAGCAAAUUCGGAAGCUCUCGGAGAGGCUUGAUGCUUUAAUGGAUUACGUUCCCGUCAUCAGAUUCGAAUAUCAUUCUCCGGAUUGCCCUACUCGCCAGCAACCUCAACCACCAGCUCCUCCUGCAAAAAAAGCUUCUCAAAGGCCUAAAAACUCUAGAAUCCCGUCUCCAGAAGCCCUACAACAGCUUUUCACAUCGAUUUCCACGUCUUCAACGCUCCGAAGGCGCCGUUCCUUUACAGGAUUUGUUCUAGAGCACCGGGAGCCGGGAAAUGCAGCGCUAGAGGUUCAAGAAGCGAAUAAUGAUGUCAGAAACACGUGGAAUCCGGAACUUGGCGCCAAAAAACCGAGAAAAACGCGAAAAGCGCCUCAAAAAACGGUGAACGACAUGCGAAAAACAAUGGCGGCGGAUUUGACGACAAUUCGUGACGUUUUGGCGAAAAAUUCCGAUUUAAAUAGAGCGAGAACGCCGAAAAAAUCGAAGAAACCAGCUAAAAAUUCAAAUUCCCGCCAGAAAAUGAUGCCCGUCCACGUGGAUGACUCGGAUAUUCAAUCAGCGUUAGCAUCGUUGACAAUAAGUGAAGCCCCCAGAGAAUGUUCGGUGCAAAUUCUGGUCCCGACACGCUCAAACGUGAUUAAUCAGCUUCAAAAGCGACACGAAGAGGAUGAUGAUGACUUUAUUUCUGAUGUUUCAGCGUUUUUACAGCGAAAAACUAUGAAAAAAUCGAGAAAUUUAGGUGAAAAUUCGAAAAAUGAAGUGAUUUUCACCGGGUUUAGUAAAGACUCUCCAAUCGAAAAGAAGCUGAAAACCAUCGUUCGCCGGUUCAAAAUGACGAUUAGCACGGAAAUUGAUGAAGAACGGACGCUUUGUGUCGUUUCGAGACACGGAAAACGGACGCUUUUGGUGCUUCGGGCGAUUUGUUGUGAUGUACCCAUAGUUCGACCGCAAUGGCUAGAAGAAUCAUUUGAAGACUCCCAACUCCUUCCCUCUUCCGACUACAUUUAUCAGGAAUGGCUUCGAAUCGAAAAUUUGAAAAUUUUCGCCAAUUUCCAUUUGAGAAUGUGGAUCGCGCCCGAAUGUACUCCAGACUCUGCGGAUUUGGCUUGGAUGAUCGAAAAAUGCGGUGGAAAAGUAACCCGCCACCUGCAUCGUGCUGAUCUCGUCAUUGCACCUGAAAAUUGGGAAAUUCCAGCCGAAAACGAUGUGGAAUUCGAGCUUGCCACGCCGCUUUUCGUGAUUGAUUCGAUUUCGAUGGCUGAAUUGCAGAAUUUCCGAGAAUAUUCUGUGAUAAUUUGAUUAAUUUUGUAUUUUUUAUCGCAUAUGAUGCUUUUUUUUUAAUGAUUUUUCAAUUUGUACCAUUUAAAAAAAUUUUUCAACAUUUUCCAUCCGAAAU